AUGCAUCCUUUAGUUGCGUCUCUUUUUUUAGCUUUCUGGUUUGGAGGAUCCCUAUCCCAUGGUCAGCUGACUCCGACAUUUUACGACCAAACAUGCCCGAAUGUGAGCAGCAUCGUUCGCGGGGUCCUAAUUCAGGCUUCGCAGACAGAUCCUAGGAUUGCAGCCAGCCUCACUCGACUUCACUUCCAUGAUUGUUUUGUUAAUGGUUGUGAUGGAUCAAUUCUUUUGGACAACACUGCUACUAUACUCAGUGAGAAAGAAGCUGCUCCAAAUAAUAAUUCCGCAAGGGGUUUUGAAGUUGUUGAUAACAUGAAGGCUGCAGUGGAGAAUGCUUGUCCCGGCGUCGUGUCCUGUGCCGAUAUUCUCACCAUUGCAGCUGAAGGAUCUGUUUCGUUGGCAGGAGGACCCUCAUGGACAGUUCCAUUGGGAAGAAGAGACAGCUUGAUCGCAAACAGAAGCGGUGCUAAUUCUGACAUUCCGGCUCCAUCUGAGAGCCUUAAUGUUCUCAAAUCCAAGUUUGCAGCCGUAGGCCUCAACACCAGUAGUGACCUGGUUGCCCUUUCAGGUGCUCAUACAUUUGGCAGGUCUCAAUGUUCAAAUUUCAUUAGUAGACUGUAUAAUUUUAGUGGCAGCGGCAGUCCUGAUCCAACAUUGAACACAACUUAUUUAGCAACACUUCAACAAUUAUGUCCUCAAGGGGGAAAUGGGAGUGUUCUGGCAAAUCUUGAUCUCACGACACCAGAUACUUUUGAUCGUAACUAUUUCUCAAAUCUUCAAACCAAUGAAGGCCUAUUUCAGAGCGAUCAAGAGUUGUUUUCUACCGCCGGGGCCGAUACCAUAGGCAUCGUCAACAAUUUUAGCGGUAAUCAAACUGCAUUUUUUGAAAGCUUUGUGGUGUCCAUGAUUAGAAUGGGGAAUAUCAGGCCAUUAACAGGUACAGAUGGAGAGAUCAGAUUGAAUUGCCGAAGAGUCAACGAUAACUCAACCGGAUCAAAUGAUCUUCUGAAUCCUUUGUCAGCAUCAAUCAUCAAAUCACUUUUGCAUGUGAAACUAGUGGGCAUAUAUUAUCACUCAGAUUUUAUUGCUCUAAAUGAGUAG